AUGGAAAUUACCACUAUUCGGCGAGUCUUGAAGAUUCCUUUGCAGGAGUGGCGCUGGUUCCGGCCCGAGAAUGAGAAUGAAAGUCCUCAGCGGAGAGUCUCUGAGUCCGAGAAUGAGUCGGCCGACCGUGAGGUGUGGGAGCAGGAGUGGGGGCCACCAGAGUUGGAGAAGAUGGUGGCGUGGGUGGUGGGCGCCGAUGGGCACAGCUGGCUCAAGUGCUACUACAGGUGUGGCCGCUUCAAGGCCAAGCAGCGCUGCUUGGCCAAGAAGACCGCUGACAUCAACUGUCACGACAACGAACCAAUCUCCCCCGACGACAUUCAAUUCGCCUACCGCAACUGCCUCCACAACUACCCCUUGCCCAUCCACCGUCUGGCCAAUUGCCACAUCUUCCCUUUAACCCGCUCCAUCAACAUUGCGGCUUCACACGGUGUAACACGACCUGCCUUAGCCAUCCUCGAGACAUUCUCUGCGAAUCUUCCUGCCACUCUCCCUGCCACUCUCCUUACCACUCUCCCUGCCACUCUCCCUACCACUCUCCCUGCCACUCUCCCUACCAAUCUCCUUGACACUCUCCCAAUCACUCUUCCUCCCACUCUCUCUGCUGCUACCACUCUCACUUCCACUCUCCUUGACACUCUCCCUGCCACUCUCCCUCCCAAUAUCUCUCCCACUCUGUCUGAAGCUCCCUCUUCUGUUCUCCGUGAUCCAACCAUGCCUGUGCCCAAGCCUGUGACCAAACCUGCGCCCAAGGCUUUGCUGGUAUAG